UGUAGAAAACUGGUGUGUACAAAUUUGCAAACUGCAUAGAAGCUUUUGAGAGUAAUGGAGAGCAGGUGGCAGCGAUGCCAUGCAGUCACUUCUGAUUGACCAAUCUUUCUUCUUUUACCUCAAUAUAUAUUCCAUCUUUCUGACUUCCCGACUUGCUCUCUCCCUCUUUCCCCAACUCUUUUCACCUUUUUAGCUCAAUGGGUUCAGGAGCUGGCCGCAUUUUUCACUAUAGAAAUCGACAUCUCCUCACUUUUGUGCUCUUUCUUCUGAUUACAAGAUCGAACCCUUUUAAAAUCAUUGCUGAAGGCAGAGCAACUCCUAAAUUGCAGGUUCAGAGCCUUGAAGCUAAUCAGAAGAGAGUUGAAGAGAAGGUUGUCAUGGUGAGGUCUUUGAUAGGAUCAAGGCCACCAAGAUGUGAGAGAAGAUGCAUGUCUUGUGGGCACUGUGAAGCAGUUCAAGUUCCAAUUGUUCCCAGUCUAAAGCACCAAAAAACAAGGAGCAAUCAGUUCUUUGCAACACCUACUAUAGCUUAUUCAAGAGGUGAUGAUAUCUCCAACUAUAAGCCUAUGUGUUGGAAGUGUAAAUGUGGCAACUUCAUUUUCAAUCCUUGAUUGUAUUUUUCAAUUAUUAGACCAAAAAAAAAAAAAAAAGGACCCACAAGUCGAG